CGGAGGGCGCCCAGGGACGCCCUUCCCGUGCCCCGAGCCAAGGGAGGAAGCGGCCGGAGGCAGGAAGCCUUCCCCCGGGCCCGGGGCCCCCGCUGCGAUCUUGCUGGAAGGUCAGCGGCGACACAACAGGAAAUCGUGCUGCUCGGCUGGGCGGCCAGGCCGGAGGCGCGGAGCCGCGCCGUGCUGUCCCGGGGCCGCCGCGGCCGCCGGCCCUCCGUCCCGGCCGGGCGGCUCGCGGGGAGCCCGCGCCACCGCUGCCCUCCAUGGAAGGGGGACGGGAGCCAGGCAGCAGCCGCUGGGCCCAGGGCGGGAGAUGCAGGGCCGAAGCCCCCAGCCGAGCAUGGAGCUGAACAGUGAGUGCGUGGCUAAAAGGGGGGACUGGGUGCGCAGGAGGGGCUGUGGGCACUGUGGCCCCACAGCCAGAGCAUCCCCUGCACGAUGAACCCCACAGCUGGGCACCAAACCCCAGGGGUGGCUCUGGGCUAGUUGGACCUGGCCAGUGCCAGCAUGUGAGGGCAGCCAAGCAUCUCUCCAUGCCUGCUGUAGGUAAACAGGCUGCACUGAGGGUUUUUGGUGCAGUGCCAGGGCAGGCAGCGAGGCAGGCAGGAGGCUGCAAAGAGGGUACGGAGAAGCUGGCAGGGUGGGCAGCUGCUGGGCACAGCAGCACUGGGGAAGGCAGUGCGGCAGGGGAGCGCUCAGCCAGGGCAGCGGCCAGGAGCAGAUGUUCCCUGUGGGACACUGCAGGCUGGGAUUCCCCGAAGUGCACAUGACGCCUGGAACUGCUCUUGGCAGGGAUCCGGAGGGCUGGCCCUGGUCUGCACAGGGAGUACAGCCCUGCUUCCUUGCCUGGAGCACGGCCAGAAAACCUGGCAGACGAGGUUGUGCGGCCUCUUGGCACACUCUGCUGUCACGGUAACCCCGGCUCUCCCCCGUGAGCAGCGGCACCCCUCGCUGGCUGGCUGGAGAGCAGCACCGGGCCCUCCUCAGCCACUCGCACCCACCCUGCACCCCCCCGCGGGGCCACCGAGACCACCAAAGGGCUGGGCACAGGACUUGCCGCUGCAGGGGCUCUGGGCUGGCACUGCCCAUGGAGGCUGGCACGGUGCACAAGACAACCCCAUCUCCUCCAGGACUGCUCCUCCUCACAUCCUUCCUCCUGCAUGUGAAAGAGGACCGUGCCAGCCCAGCGCGGCUGGUCUGUGACAACAGGCUUAUCCAGAAGUACAUCGUGGAGGCCAAGGACAUGGAAAAGAGAGUGGGCCAGUGCCAGGCCCUGCCUGCACUCAGGUGCCCUGCAGUGCUGCCCUUGGUGGACUUCACCUUCCAGCAGUGGAAAUCCAAAUCGAACGAGACCAAGCGGCGGGAGAUCCUGUGUGACCUGGCCCUGCUGGUGGGCGCCGCAGCAGGGGCCCAGGGCCAGGUGAGCGACGAGUGCGGGGCCAGGCAGCUGAGCCAGCUUUACCGACACGCCAACUCCUUCCUCCUGCUCCUGCAGACCUUCAGCUGGGAGGCAGGACACUGGGAGCCGAGCUGCUCCCCACACUCCACGGAGCAGACCCACAUCUCCAGCAUUUUCCUCACCUACCGGCAGCUGGUACAGGGCAAGCUGCGCUUCUUCUUCUACGACCUGGCCAAGGUCUUGUGCAAGCAAGGACAGGGGGACAGCAGAGACCCUCCAUGUGGGGCCCAGUGAGGCUGCACACGGGGUUCAACCACAAAGCAAUGCUGGAGCAAUCCUGCAGGACACUAAGCUGUGCUCUGGGUGCCCAGGAAGAUGCCCACAGGGAAAGGGUUGGCACCUGUUCCUCAGGUCUUCAGAACUGUGCAGCACAAGAAGGCAAACAGUGACAGUCAUGUGCCAGCAGGCACAGGCCCUGCUCCCAUCCGGGCAGGCACCUCUACUGUGAAUGCUUUUUGAUUAAAGAGCUAUU